AUGGAGGCAGAACUUGAAAACAUUUGCAGCUAUUGUAGUCAACUAAUCCAUCCUGCGCAACAGCUUACACCAGACCGGGAGCACUACCCCAUCCUGGAACAGCUCCGAGAUUCUAGUUUCACAUGCGUGCUAUGUGCGUUUAUCUGGGACUUCUGUCAAGCUGAAGGGGUAGCCAUGGCUUUUGUAAAUGAUGAUGAAAGCUCUCCCAACUCUCUACGUAUCGAACUGACAUCGACACAAAUCGAUGGCUCUCAGGAGCCGAUAUCCGGACUCUCUUGGGAUUUGGUCAGCAUGCUCAUCAGCCAGGACAUGGCAACCAGAUCAUGGUCACGAUGCUUUACCAUUGCCAGUUGUAGCAUGAAUUCCCUCGCAGCUGACUUACCCAUUUGGAAAAGGUCAAAAACAUCGGUUCCUGAGAAGAUGUCUAUCGUCAAGAACUGGCUGGAAACGUGCGAAAGAUGUCAUGAGACUUGUAAACCCCGAUCGCAGCAACUCCCUAAACGCUUGAUUAACGUUGAACCGGCCGUUCCAAGACUGGUCAUGUGCCAGGAGCUAUCAAAACCGAGUCCAAAAUAUGCGACACUAAGUUACUGUUGGGGACAAUCCAAAUUCGGAGCAACAAAGGAAAGCAUCAACUCCUUACAUCAAGGAAUUCCGAUGGAUUCUAUUCCCUCAACUUUACAGGACGCAAUACUGACCACCAGGAUGCUCGGACUUAGGUACUUAUGGAUUGACUCGUUGUGUAUUGUGCAGGAUGACGAACUAGAGUGGAACAUCGAAGCAUCUAACAUGAAGAACACAUAUGCUGGAAGCUCGCUGACUAUCGCGGCAACAGACGCCAUUGACUCUUCUGAAGGCUUUCUUAAUGUGCACCUGCAUGACGAAAAGGCACUCACCACCUCGGAAACGGUUCAUCAGCCUCCUUUCAAGGAACCCUUCUUUCGCACCCUAUCAAGCGAUGGAGAGCAGAGAACAGUUCGAGUUUUACCGCAUGACUUUCGGACAUCGAUCCAGGACUCCGCUCUCAACCAAAGAGGAUGGGUACUUCAAGAAAUGCUCCUUUCUCCACGUAUAGCCCAUUUUGCACAAACGGAGUUAUCUUGGCACUGUAAGAAUAGUUACAGAACAGAGACUGGUCUUGUAUUAGAACCUGAACAGGUAUUGCACACGCAAAGACGUGCAGAUGAUCAUCAUAUGGUCUGGUGGAAUUGGAUGACUAGUUAUUCGCGAAGGAAGUUCACUGUCGCAAGCGAUAGAUUACCAGCACUAUUAGGUAUACUCGAUGAGUAUCAAUCCAUGACAGGGGACCAGCCGAUUCUCGGUUUGUGGUGCGGUUCAUUUCACCAAGAUCUGAUGUGGAUGCGAAUGAAAGCCGAUAGCGUCACGGACGAAAGCCCCUUUCUUGGCCUUCCUUCCUGGACAUGGUUGUCCUGUCGAAAUAUGGUGAGGUUCGACUUCUGGAACUGGGAGAAAAAUACUCCUAAGCUCAGAGCAGAUGUUCGUGAUCAUGUUGCUCUUGUUGACUGGGAAGUUGUGUGGUCAGCUGCGCCUUUCAGUUCUGCAAUUGCCUCCACUCGUCUUGCCAUUCGUGGGCCGGCACGAGAAAUGACACUCAGAAUAAAACCAAAAAGCCCGAUUCGAUCACCUCUUAUUUUGGAAGUCUUUGGUGAGCAGAACUGCCCUGAAAACAGCGUCGGACGUUCAUUUUACGAUGCACAAUUCGACAUUGACGCCAAGAGUUAUGCAUCUUUCGCAGACUAUACAUGUGUCUUAUUGCGGUCCAUGGCAUUGCUGAGCAGUAUGAAGAUUAGUGAAACAUUUCUGAUAUUGCAGAAAACCGAAGGAGAUUCGGAUGUUCAGCUUUACAGAAGAGUUGGGAUUGGUUGUUACCAUGGAUCGUACAGGACCUUUGGAUCUGCUGGUCAGAAGACUCUUAAUCUCGCAUAA